CCUUAUUUGGAUGAACAGCUCAACGCCGGGGUCCCCACCCUCGGCAAUGAUGGUGAUAGUCACCACCCUAGAAUAAGUUAAAUGGCAAUGACGUUGAGUGUUGUGGAGCUGAACGAUGCCCGGCAUGGUAUAUAAGACAUGUGGAAUGACAGCGGGGUUGGAGGCUAGCUCUGUUCUCAGCUACUUACAAUGUCGAACACUGGACAGCUCGAUAAGGCUUACUAUGUCAAGAACAAGGACCAGCGACGUACCUGGAAUAUGGCCUAUCUUCUAGGCUUGACUCAGGAUAAACCAUUGCCAAAGAGCCGUCAAGAAGCGGUUUACAAUUUUAUCGAAAAUGGACAUCUUGACUAUCUUCCGGAUGAUUCAGAAGUUACCUUGAAUGCUCUCUCAGAUGGUGGUGGCGACAUUACCGGUAUGCCAGUCAGGAUCCCCAACAAUUGGGAAGACAAAUCACCCGAUGAUCCUGUUCGCGCCCGUGUUCAGGCAUACAUUGCUGCAAAAGAUAGUGGCCAAUUUCCAUAUUCCGCUGAACCCAUCCACCCCCUUCCAACUCAGACACCCGCGUCCAAUGCCCCCAUCUAUCUUGGUCAAUGGGGUCCUGUCACUGUGCUCAAUCCAGCGCCCGCAUAUGCCAGUGCAAUCCAUCAGCCUUCAUCCCACACUGAACCACCCGCAGUGGGGUCAGCCCCUGGGCCAGCAGCUGCAUCGAAGGACAACAAGUUAAAGGGAAAACAAAAAGAGAAACUUAAUGAGAAGGGCGCGAAAGAAUUCGAGUAUCAAUUCAUGUUGAACACGAUGGAUCCGAAGAAAGAGAAUGAAACAGUCUAUCUUCCUGACUCGAAAUCCCAAUCAGCGCAAGAAGUGCUUGACGAGAUUUUAGGCAGGAUGAAGGUGGAACUCUCUGUCCACCAGAUUGGAUAUCGUCUGUCUGAUGAGAAGGAAUGCAUCUUCACUCGGAUUCAUGAUGUGAAAGAUUUUGCUCGUGCAAUUGAG